UUUUGAGGGAAUUCUGACUAUACACUUGAUUUUUUUUUUGUACAAGUUUGAUUUAUUUGGUAGAGGUUAUGUCUUACCUCUGGAUAUAUUACAAUCUUAAUGUACACAAUCUUUAGAACCCAGUCCUACAAACAUUAUUUGCUUGUUUCCUUCAAUUAUUACUGGUGUAUUUUGCACACCUUUUUUGGCUAUUUCUAUUGGCAUAGGAACAUCUCAUCUAAAAAUUCUAAAGCAGAAACUAUACAAUUAUACUGUAGAAUUAGAGGAAGCAAGACAAGUGAGCAAUGAUAACAACUAGCUGAAAAGCUGAAAGUCGUGUUAUUUGUUUUUCUGUAUUGUUAGGUUAAUUAUUUUGUUGUGUAUGUUGUUUUUCAUUAUAUGUUACUUUAUAGCAUCAAAAUCCACAAGUGUCUUCCAAGAAAAAGAAACCCAAUCCUGCACAAAAGUCUGCAUCGAGACAGAAUAGAACACCGCCUAAGCCUGUGAAACAUGGACUGUCUACAGACAUGACUCUCAACUUCUGGAACAAUUCCACCAGCGUUGCCUCCAAAAAAUCCUGAAAAUUUCUUAAGAUAGGUGGACAAAUGCCAGAGUUCUGGAACAAGCAAAGACCACCAUCACUGAAACAAUGAUCCUCCACCAUCAACUCUGCUAAGCUGGCCAUAUUGUCCGAAUUCCCGAUCACUGUCUCCCACAGCAGUUACUCUACUCUCGAUUCAAAAACGGAAAACCGAAUGUUGGUGGACAAGAAAAGAGAUGUAAAGAUGGGCUUAAAGCUAAACGUAAAAACUGGCAUAGACACCGAGAAUUGGGAAAUCCUGGCCCUCAAGCGCUUCUAACGAGGUCAGCUGUGACCCACAGUCCUGUGGAAUUCAAAGAGUCACGAAAGGAAAAACGUGUCAAGAGGAAGGCGUGUCUAGCCAACCCUGACCGGGACUGCCUUCCACCUUGAAAUUAAUGUCCUCAUAACAGAAGAACAUGUGGAUCCAGAACAGGUCUCUACAGCCACCUACAGAACCACCACCAAGACUCUACUUCUGGAAGAUAAUCACACUCGGCUGUGAGGAAUCACCAAUGAUAUGGCCUGUAAAUCUGUUGUUCAAACUGCUUCUAGACUCCUAUGAUGAAAUAGCUGGUGUUCCUGGGUAGUGCGUGUCUCUUCAAAAGGGUCCUUGCAUGGUUUUGGGCCUAUACUGCUGUUGUGGGAGAAGAACCAUCAAGGCGAGUGUGCCAGCUGAUCCUGGUUUCAGGGAGAAAUAAGGUUUAAGAACUGCAGUAAAAGGUGCAACAAUGCCAAAGAAGAAGGGACGCAGGCGAACGCCACUGACCGAAGAAGAACGUUUACUUAUGAUGCAACAGAGGCAACUGGCCGAGGAGGAAAUGAUCAAGAAGAAAGAGGACAUGCUGGCUCAGUUCCUAAAGGACAAACUGGCCAAGGAGGAGCAUAACAGUACUGUGAACAUGCACAAGAUCAACCUGCAGUGGCGCACGGUCCUCCGCGAAGUCAAAGCCAGGGAGCUACGCAAAGACAUUGAGAUUCUCAGCCAGACCUUUGAACGUGUGGUAGACUGCAAAGACAAUGUCAUUAAGUCCCUUGCUAAGGACCUUGCUGAAGCAGAAGCUCAAUAUGCGCAUGCCCUACGCAGCCACCUGCACAACAUUGACCGGCUACUACAGCUGCAGCGAUGCCGCCUGGGAUACUUAGAAGACGAUUACGAGACUGAGUUACGAGCCCUGCAGAAGGAGUUUGACACAGAGAGGAAGAUGAUCAUAGGGCAUCACGAUCUGGAGACCCGCUACAUUCAAGAUGUGCUGAUGGCUAUGGAACAAAAUUUUGCUGACAGUGAAUAUGAGGCCAGGCUAGAUUUCCAGAGUAUAAGAGAUGAUGUGAAGAACAAGAACUUGGAGGAGAAGCAUUACCUGCGUGUGCAAUUAGAGGGUAGAGUGGAAGAGCUGUGGAAACGCUUCCAGCAAGCCUUGCGUAACUAUACAGAGGCCACAGAGGACCGUAAGAUUGCCUUUGAAGCUCUCAAACUCAAAGAUGAGAGGAGCACCAAGGAAAUUGAGAUGCAGAUGAGGAAGCUGCAGAAGAUGCAGGACCUCAUAAUCAGUCUGAGGAACAAGAUUGCCCUUCAUGCACGGGAAAGCGAGGAGCAAAAUCGGCGCGUUCGUGACGAGAAGGAGUUGGUGCUGAAACAGCUUCAGAAGCUCAAGUGCCAGAUGAACCGGGCCAGAGCCAAAGCCCGCAACAAUCUGGCAAAGCUUACCAGGGAGAGCACUGGGACUCUCAAAACGCUGCAACGUGUGGUAGAGAAGGGAGAGCUGAUUCUGCGCCUGGCUGAAAUGUGUCGCCGAUUGGAGUCUGAGGAGGAGAAGGUGCUGCCAUUUUAUGCAAGCUCUCUUAGCUGGGAUGAGCAGAGAACUGCGGAUAAGAUCAUCAUGGAAAAACCUGUUGAACCACUGGCAGAGAUGAUGCAGGACUAUGUGGGAUUGGAGCGUUUCUGGCAAAGAUACAACAAGGUGAGGUUGGAGCAGCUGUCAUUGGAGCGGACCAAGGAAGCACUGCUUCAGGACAAUCUUAAACUGAGGCAUCUACUCAAGCAGUAUCUGGAUGGCAUCUCUGUUAAUGAUGAAGUUCUAAGCCAGAUCAAUCCUUUGAUGAUUGUUAACCAGACAGCUGUUAUGCCAUCUCCUAAACAACCUUUGUCUGUCAGAGAUGACCGGGUCAAGCGGCCUAUCUAUAAUGUUGUUGAGGCAGCACAUGAAGUCAAGCGUAUCCUCUGAGCAAGCACAUGAUGAUUCCAGAAUGUGUCUCUCUACUUCAUUGGCCAACCUUUGGGCAUAAAGAAGAGCCAAGCUCUCUCAGCUAGAGGUCUGUACUAGGACCUUUGGAGGAAGGAUGUUCCCACAGCAAGCUGCCAUUAAAGAGUUAAACUGAGCUGAAAUCUGUCUUUUCUCCCUUUUGUAAGCAAACCCCAAACUCCAUAUACUGGGGACUUGGACUGUGGUGUGUCCACAUGCUGAAUAACCCUCACUCCUAUUUCAGUAACACAUAAGUAGUACUUUGUGGGAUGGCUGCUGUGGCUCAAAAAGAGAAGUAAAAGAAAGCUUGGUUUCGA